CAUCGUUCUAGCCGCACCUCUUCGCCUGACGUGACCCUGAACAAUCAAUCUCGUCCUCCCAUCCUCUCAUCAGAUCGAUUCACUCCUACUCUCCACAGACUCCCCACUCCCUUCCCGCCAUCCACUCGCCCAAGAUGUCGAUGACCAUCGAAGAAUGCUCUGCCACGCGCCAGCCAAGGCCCAUUCCCGAGACGUCCCGCAACGUUCUCGAGCAGCUCUCCAUGAAGGGCAAGGUCACCCUCGUGACCGGCGCCGCUGAUGGAAUCGGUCUCGCAGCCGUCGAAGCAGUCAUUGAAGCUGGCGGAGAUGCGGCUAUGGUCUACCGAUCGAAUGACACAGCAGUGGAAAAGGCGAAGAAGCUCGCGGAGCAGUACGGUGUCAAGGUCAGGGCUUACAAGUGUGAUGUGACAAGCGCCGAUGAAGUUCAGAAGGUCAUCAAGGAUGUCUUUGGAGACUUUGGUCGCAUCGAUGUCCUCGUUGCCAACGCAGGCAUGGCCGUCUCACAGCCCCUGUUGGAGCAGUCUCUUGAGGAUUACAAGAAGCAGAUGAGCGUCAAUGUCGAUGGUGUUGUCUAUUGCGCCAAGUUUGUGGGAGAAAUCUUCAAGAAGCAGGGCUUCGGAAACCUCAUCAUCACCUCCAGCAUGUCGGCCCAUAUUGUCAAUGUUCCCGUUGAUCAGCCUAUCUACAACCUGACCAAGGCCGCCGUCACCCACUUCGGCAAGUCCCUGGCUCGAGAAUGGCGGGAAUUUGCUCGGGUCAACAUCGUCUCUCCAGGCUUCUUCUACACAAAGAUGGGCGCCUCGCCGCAAUGCGAGAACGAGGCGGUGAGGAAGGCCGUUCUUGCCAGGCAGGGUGACACAAAGGAGCUCAAGGGGAUCUUCCUGUACCUUGCCUCGGACGCCUCUACCUUCACCACUGGGUCCGACAUUCUCGUCGACGGCGGCUACACAUUGACCUAAUUGCAACGCGCAAUACUACGCCACUGUUGCUGCAUGGGUAUAUCAGUGUAAUCUGCAAUUAAAAUGAGAUCGUCACACCCUUCGUUCUGGUUUGAUCCGCGCUUUAUAAUCUAUUGCUCAAAGUCGUAUAU